CUCUAGAGUGAUCAAAAGAUAACAUGUCCAGGUACCUGUUCAAUCCUCGAUUUUCUGGCUUCAUAGAUUCGUUGAAAGUGCCCUCUACUUUUUGGUCCAUGAUUUUCUUGUGUUCCCGCGUAACUACCUCUUCGAAAUCACUUUUCUCCACCAAACUCAAAAACUCUGUAUAGUUCUGAGUCCUGAAUUUGCAUUGACUCAUUUUUAAUUUAUUCACACCAACUAUUUAAAUUUGCAAUGAAACGUUCCCUUAGUACUUGUCGCACAAAGACUAAUGGCGUUAGUUUAUUCCACAUCGCCUUUUAUAGGGUAAUUCAGUCGGAUAAUUAGCAAAUACAGGCAUUGUUACCCAUGUUAUAGGCAUUUCUGUGUUCCGCUAUAAGGCAAACCGCAAAUCGAACCACUGAUAAUGUUUCGUCAUACAAUGUGCGCACAUAGCUAUAUAUGGGAGUUUUCCCUCUCUCCCAGUUGCUAACCGAAAUACUGAUAACAUUGUCCGUUUUUGAAUAACCUACUGUCAUGUUAAAUUUGACAAACAAACCUAAUAUGGUUACUAUAGGCAAUGCGAGCUGGUAAUUUAUUGAAAUAUUGUUAUUCGAGCUAUUUUUGGAUGAGGAAAAACAUCCAAACCUUGAUACGCAGUUUGAUACGGAAUUUAUAGUGCUCCCAAAAUAUCAUCUCCGCGAAAAGCUAUAAAAAAGUACUCAAAUGUUUACGAUCUUACAACGACAAUGUAUAUAAAUUGAAAACCUUGAACUCAGAAUUAUUUCAAUGUAUCAAUUUAAGUGGGAGGGGCGUUCGGUGGCUUAAAAAAGAAUACCUACAUUCAUCUCUAAGUAUAUUGUUUAGACACCAUGAAAGUACUUAGGUUACAAACAUCCUAAAAAUGGAUACCUUUAAUAUAAUUAGCUUCUUAAACCGCUCAAAAAUGCUGACCUUUGUUAUCUCCUAAUGAGGUAUUCAUUAUUUUUACGGUUCAAAUUUAUUACUCUGAUAACUUCUUGCGUGUCCGGCUAAUAGUCCUAAUUUAAUUAAACAUGCAAAUUUCACUAUCUGUUUGCGUGCUUUAUUAUAGCAUUGUUUUGAAUUAACAAAUUUAGGGGCGUUUUUUCUUGGAAUUGGCCUCGAAAUAAAAACACUACGUUAGAUAUAAAAAGUGUCGCAUCAAAAGACUAUCUUCAUUUUGAAUUAAGUAACAGUGGUAACAAAACCUAAGUUUAUUCUGUGAGUUCAGUAAGUGUUUAUCGCUAUGUCAGGCUAUUGUUUUGAAAUCUUUAACGUCUAUGAUUUUCUUGUUAAAACAAAUAAAGCAAACUUUUUGGAAUUUAUAAGACUAGAGCACGCGCAAGUGAUGGCGAUCCCUCUAUCAGGUACUGUCAAUCAUUUUUUGAAGCCAGAAAAUUUAUGGAAGAAUCGGUACUAUGAUGUACCGUGUUGGGACCACUCUCGGGUGGUCUUAAGCUCUCACGGAAGUAAAGCGUAUGACUAUACGGAUUCUGAUGGGAAGAAAAUAAUCGUUACAUCUCAAGACAGCGACUCAACUUAUAUACAUGCCAGCUUUGUUAAUGGUUUUAAUGAAGCGAAUAAAUUCAUCUGCUGUCAGGGCCCAAAAGAGGGCACGAGUGGUGACUUCUGGAAGAUGGUGUCAGAGCAUAGUUGUAGAUUUAUCGUCUCACUAACAGAAACAGAUGGUGAAGAUCAAGUGUGUUAUGAAUAUUGGGUCAAAGAAGAGGAUUACGAACUAGCGUUCGGAAGAUAUAUAGUAAGAACCCUUGAAAUUAUAGAAGGGCCUAGUUUUACCAGAACACGAUUGCGACUUACUGAUGUGAGCAGUGGUACUUCACGGGAGAUCUAUCACUUUUGGUAUACUCGCUGGCCUGACUACGGUACUCCCACUAAUCCAGCGGAAGUUUUAAAUCUAAUAUCGCAGGUCAACCAAAAACGAGAAGAGAUGAGAAAGACAGACUGUCAACCAGGACCGAUAGUGGUCCACUGCUCUGCAGGAGUUGGUCGAACAGGUACAUUUUGUACUAUAGACAAUGCACUAUCACAGUUACGGAAUCGUAAAACAGUCUCGCUUUCGCAAACAGUACUAAAAAUUCGGGGGCGAAGGAAUUCAAGUGUCUUUCUUCCUGAACAGUAUGAAUUCUGUUACAAAACACUAAGACAUGCUUUAAUAAGAGAAGUAAAAGAAAAAAAUAUUUUGUUAUCCGAUUUCGCAACUUGAAUUUACAUAAAUAU